AUCUUGGCCCCACAGUUGACUGAGUCGUACUCUAUACUUGUGACAAUAUCGAAUCGCUAACCGGAGAUCGCUGGCUAGGAAUAUGGCGCAAAAUAUCCUGUCGAAUUUAAAUGCACUCAAGACCCUUCAAGCUCAAAUAGAGCACAGUGGAGGCGAAGAACGGCUGAACAUAGAACUGGAACGACCUCGCUAUCAACUACUAUACAAUGCUUGCAUAACAGGAGACCUCUUCUUCAUUGUUUUACAUCAAAUUUUCUGCUCUUGGUCAUGCAAUAAUAGUAUAGCUCAUGAUCUGUGUAUUGCCGAGAACAAAGAUCCAAACCUCAUAGACAAUGCAUUUGGACUUAUGGGUACACUACUGAAGAGCAAUUCCAAGCUGGGCGUUGAGCAUGCUAAAUUCUUCAGAACCUUCCCUGAUUCACUAGAAAUACUCCGCACUAAGGUCCCAGUCUAUGCGCGUACAGCUUCACAAGUCCUCUCCUUUCUGACCAAGUUAUCCCAAGGCUGGAUGAUUAUAAAUCACGACCACAGACGGUUGGGCUACCCAUUGAUUAUGGACGAGUUAUUAUCCAUAUUUGGGUUGUUUUCUACCACGCUUCAAACCAUAGUGUUCAGGGCAUCGAGAAGGACUCUGGGUGUGACAGAUGGGCCCAUUGGGGAAAAGAUGGAUGAUCUAUUCAAACAGGAUCAGAUGGCGCACCUCGAUGUCAAUGGCAUCUUCGCCGCAAGGGCUACCGAUAACUUCCACAACGAGCCCUCUAAUGCCGUAUUGAUCCGGCAGUUUACAAUGCUUGUUGCGCAAACACAUGGGCCAACGCAGGGGCAAUAUCAGCAAUAUCAGCAAUAUCAACAGCAGCAACAUCAACAACGUCAACAGCAGCAACAUCAACAACAUCAACAGCAGCAACAUCAACAACAUCAACAGCAGCAACAGCAACAACAGCAACAACAGCAACAGCAACAGCACCUACCCAUCACACCUGGACAGCAAGCAAUCUACCAGCAACAUCAGCAGCACACUACAGUUCCAACCAAUCUGCAGGGACAACUAUCCAGCAAUUCUAGCAAUGCUUCAGCUGCCACAAGAUACGGUCCAAGUGGUACAAUGUCACCAGUGAUACCAAGCAAUGGACAGUCUGCGCAAUCACCUGGAGGCUUUCAAUUUACUUCCGCGAGUUCAGCAGGCAGCAACUCUACGUUUGCUCAGCAGGCUUCCGCCCAAUCUUACCAUGUUCCCACCACGCAAUACCCUGUACUGCAAGGCAAUGCGGGUAUGGUAUCGCCUACCAACGGUCAAUUUGCAGGUGUGGCGUCACCAACGCAGUCACCUGUUCUUGCACAAGGUCAAUAUUUCCAACCACCUAGUCGCUCAGUUCAGUAUGCUGGCAUGGCGCAACCUUCGCCGCCUGCUGUUUAUGACUAUCCACAAAACACACAGACCAGGCGCACUUCGCAGAACUUUCAGGUGUCCAACUCACAAUCGCCCCAGAUGCAGAAUCUAGUAGCAUUGCCGCAACCAAGGCGUGGCUCUCCGGUCCAAAAUAACACCAGCCAAAUGCACCAGGCGCGAAUCCCCGGGCGCUCUUCUCCUCAUCUUCAGACAAAUGCUUCGCAGGUGUCUCCUCAUCUACGACAAGCAACUUCACCAAAUGUACUUGCUAACUUGCAAAAUGUUAGUAAUGAGGUUCCUUCCAACCAAAGUUCGCCACUGGACAACACUGCUAUCCAACAGACUUUUUUGACACCGCAACAACGGCAGUAUCUUGUAGGCAUACAAGUCAUGAACCAUGUAGGCCUAGUACGACAAAGCAAUGUGCGACCACAGGCUUCUAGUGGUCGGUCGUUACAUCAAGGGAGUCUGAACGGCAAUGUGGUUGUCGAUUAUAGACGCACAACACCAAGUCAAAUACCUCCAGCACAAUAUCCUCACGGCCCUCAUGAGCGCAAGUCCCUGGAAAUGUCCCUUCAUCAAGCUCACCUGCGGAGUCCGAAAAGGUUGCUAAGGGGUAUCGGCUUUUCCAGCCCUCCAGAGCGCUACUACCAGUUCGUGAAAUAUUUGGCUUUACAGCCUGCAUCGAUACCUCAGCAAAAGUUUUUGCAUCUUUUUACUUUUAACAUACCCCAGGAAGAAUGUGAUAACAUAUCUAGAGAUGGCAGCAUAGGCGAGUCUUCUCCAGAGGCCAAUCUUUAUUUCGACGGCUCUUUACGCAUGAGGCUACGGGUAUGUCUUGACAGAAAGGCUGCUCACUCUAUCUCCGAAGAUGAUUGGGUGCUUGCCGACAGCUACUGGCCGGAACACAUCCAUAUACGUCUAAACCAGCACCUACUAGCGAUCAAACGAAAGCAACACCACGCCAGGGAUCAACCACUGGAGAUCGGCAAGUUUAUCAAACCGGGUGAAAACGUCCUCCAUGUAUCAGUUCCUGUACAUAAGACAUUCGACAACAACGCGAUGCCGUUCGUAGCCAUCGAAGUCCUUGAAACUCUUAGCCACAGCUCCAUCAAAGCUCUACCCAAUCUAUGUGCAGAUGCUAUUAUACCUGUUGGGCAAACGCGUGCAGUGAUUGAGCGACGCCUCGGCGGCUCGUCCAAUACCGACGACGACGAGAUCGCGAUGGUCACGAGUGAUCUUACCAUCAACCUUGCGGACCCGUUCAGUUCUAAUCUUUGGAAGACGCCAGCUCGGGGAAAGAACUGCUCCCACCUUGAAUGCUUCGAUCUGGACACUUGGUUAGAGACCCGCCCUGGAAAAAGGUUGUGUACCUGCGGUGCCAAGAAAGCCUCCGAUUGCAAAUUAUGUCCGAAGGAACCGUCACUUGUGGAUAAGUGGAAAUGUCCGCUUUGCCAAGGAGAUGCACGCCCUCACAGCUUGCGCAUUGACGGCUUUCUCAUGGAAGUCAGGAAGACGCUGGCAAAACAGGACCUACUGAGUGUCAAAGAGAUCAAGGUCACCGCAGAUGGCACCUGGAGCGCUGUAAUCCCUAACGAUGAUAGUGACUUCGAUAGUGAUGAAGACGCCAGUCCCAACGGAAACGCUCGAGAAGCUUCAGCAGCCAGGUCUGCAACUGCCAGAACUAUGAGUCACACGCCUCAACGAAAUCGGGCUCAAAUUGAAGUCAUCUGCUUGGACGAUUGAUCGUGUAGCAGUAUUUGCCAUACCUCAACUAUCGCGGCACAUUUUGACUCGAA